AUGAUCUUUACCAAACGGUGUUGCCAUUAUUCUUUUGCUAACUACUUGUAUCUCCCAGAUUCCUUUCCAAUGAGCAGUCAGCAUCUCAAUCAAAGGGAUGAUGAUGAUGAUGAUGAUAUCUAUCUAUCUAUCUAUCUAUCUAUCUAUCUAUCUAUCUAUCUAUCUAUCUGUGUCUGUCUAGUAUCUAUCUAUCUAUCAUUACGAGACGCGGUAGCCUCGAACCACCCUUAUCCCCUUCAUGAUGAUGAUGAUGAUAUCUAUCUAUCUAUCUAUCUAUCUAUCUAUCUAUCCGUUGAUUUGGUCAUAAAUCGAACUUUUACUUUUAUUAUCUUUUUUUUCUCUCAUCCUCCUUUUAUUCAAUCCGUUUUUAUUCCUUUGUCAACGUUUCUUUCAAUAUGUACACGCUUUCUUUUUUUUUUUUCUCUCUUUCUUUUUUUCUUUCUUUCUUUUUUUUCUCUCUUUCUUUUUAUCUAUUAUCUCUUCUUUGAAACGUUCCACCUUCUUUCCAUUAAUCAUGUCUUCUUACGUUCUUUCUUUUUUUCUUUCUUUCUCUUUUUCUUUCUUUCUUUCUUUUUUUCUUUCUUUCGUUUGCCUUUCUUUCUUAAAGAAUUCUUUCCUGUAUAUCCUUUCCCUUUCUUUCUUUUUCUCUGCCGUCUUCUUUCACACACUCUUUCUUUCUUUCUUUCUUUCUUUCUUUCUUUCUUUCUUUCUUUCUUUCUUUCUUCAAUUUUUCGUUUCAAUAUUUUUACAUUCUUUCUCUCUUUCUUUUUCUCUCGCACACUCUUUCUUUCUUUCUUUCUUUCUUUCUUUCUUUCUUUCUUUCUUUCUUUCUUUCUUUCAGUCAUUCCUUUUCGUCUUUUUCCUACACUUUUCCGAUCAAUAUUUCCACUUUUCUUUCUUUCACUUGUCCUUUUUUUUCACUUUUUCAAUUUUCCUUCCAUUUUACACUUCUUAAUAUUAUUUCCGCUCCUUCAUUCCUUCCUUCCUUCCUUCCUUCCUUCCUUCCUUCCUUCCUUCCUUUCCUUCUUUCUUUCUUUCUUUUUCUUUCUUUUUUCUUUCUUUAACCUCUCUUUCUUCCACUUUCCUUUCAAUAUUUUGGCAUUCUGUUUCUUUCUUUCUUUCUUUCUUUCUUUCUCUCUUUCUUUUUCUCUUUCUUCCAAUUUUAUUUUCAGUAUCUUCAGUUUUUUUCUUUCGUUUACCUUUCGUUUCCAUAUUUCUUUUUUUUUUUCUUUCUUUGUGCUAUUAUUUAUCUUUUACUCUUCUUUACAUUAUUCACACUCUUUCGUAACUCUUUUUUCUCUUUCAUUCAUCGCUGCUGUAACCCCUUCUAAAUCAGAGCUUUAUUUUUCUUUCUUUCUUUCUUUAACUUUCAUUGCUUACUCUUUCUUUCUUUCUCUCUUUCUUUCUUUAACUUUCAUUGCUUACUCUUUCUUUCUUUCUCUCUUUCUUUCUUUAACUUUCAUUGCUUACUCUUUCUUUCUUUCUUUCUUUAACUUUCAUUGCUUACUCUUUCUUUCUUUCUUUCUUUAA